UAAAGUGAAAGGCUGAGAAAGAAAGCACUCCUGCUACAUGAGCAUGGACCUGGACAAUGGACUAACGGAAAGAAAGGCUGUCCUAUUUCUUCAGGACCAUCAGAGGAGACCACAGCACCAUAUCCUGUCAGCCUGAUCUAACAUUGCUGCCUGUGUUAGUGCAGUGUCUAUGGAUCAGAGAAAUGCCCAACACUGCAGGAACAUUUUCCAUUUGGCAACGGUUCGAACAAGAUUUCUUCUCUAUGCAGGAUCUCCAACCAACAUUGUACACCAGGUACAUUGAUGACAUUUUCUUCCUCUGGACCCAUGGCGAGGAGUCACUGAUAAAACUACACAGUGACAUCAACAAGUUUCAUCCCACCAUCAAACUCACCAUGGACUACUCUCGAGUGUCUGCCUCAUUCUUGGACACGUGCGUCUCCAUCAAUGACGGACACCUCAGCACCACACUCUACCGCAAACCCACAGACAACCUCACAAUACUACACUUCUCUAGCUUCCACCCAAAACAUAUUAAAACAGCCAUUCCCUAUGGACAAGCCCUACGCAUACACCGGAUCUGCUCAGAUGAGGAGGAACAUGACGGACUCCUGGAAGUACUCAAGGAUGCCCUCACAAGAAUGGGGUACGAUGCUCAACUCAUCGACCGCCAGUUCCGACAUGCCACAGCAAGGAACCGUAAUGACCUCCUCAGGAAACAGACACGUGCUGCAACUGACAGGGUACUCUUCGUUGUUCAGUACUCCCCAGGGGCUGAAAAAUUACGCUAUGUUCUUCGUGACCUGCAACACAUUAUCAAUGAGGAUGAGCAUCUCACCAAGACCUUCCCCACACCUCCACUACUUGCCUUUAAACAACUGCCAAACCUAAAUCAGAUUAUUGUUCGUAGCAAACUGCCCAGCUCUCAGGACAACUCCAUACAACCCUGUCAUGGUGGACGCUGCAAGACGUGUCAGAUUGUGGACAUAGAUACCACUAUUACGCAUGGGAACACCUCCCACCUUGUACAUGGCAGGUACUCAUGUGACUCAGCCAAUGUUAUCUAUCUUAUACGUUGCAGGCAAGGAAGCCCAGAGGCAUGGUACGUUGGGGAAACCGAGCAAAGGCUACAACAACGGAUGAAUGGGCACAGCACAACAAUCAAUAGACAGGAGGGUUCCCUCCCAGUUGGGGAACACUUCAGUGGUCCAGAACAUUCAGCCUUGGACCUUCGGGUGACCAUCCUCCAAAGUGGACUUUGGGACAGGCAGCAGAGGAAAGUGGCCGAGCAUAUGAGCAGAGACUGAUAGCUAAGUUUGGUACCCACAGGGAGGGCCUCAACCGGGACCUUGGGUUCAUGUCACAUUACAGGUGAUCACCAUUGCAGUACACUCACACACUCUCACACACACACGGACACAGGUACACACAGACGCGCACACAGACACCCACACACACCCGUAUAGACACACACACUCCCACACUCACACAUGCACCCCCUCACAGACUUAAGACACUCUGCACUCACUACACACACACUUUCUCACACUCACAACCCCCACCCCAGACAGACACACAGACACACACAGACAAAGAUCCACAUGCACACAUAUAUUUUGUGUGGUGAAUUUGUACUUGCAGAGUUACAUUGCACUUUGCUGAA